CAAUAUAACAAUGAAUCAGUUGUUUGUGGAAAUUCAAUCGAUAAUAGCGUGGAUUGAACAGUACAAGUUCUAUUAAUUCAUCAUGGAUCAUCCAGACGUGUCCCAUUUUAAUUCUAAGAAGGCUAACACUAGUCGUUUGGAUGUUGAACCUGUUCCAGAAGAAAAUGUUAUUCACCAAAGUCAGGCAACGGUAGAUGAUGAUUACUAUGACAUGAGCAAGAAAAAAUACAUGUACAUCUUUAAUCAUUAUAAAUAUAAACAGACAAGUGAAUACGGGAACAAAAGGCCCAAAGAACGAAUUGGAACUCACUUCGACGUAAAAAUUUUAGAUGAGACCUUCAGUUUAUUAGGGUUCGAUGUCAAAACACAUCAAGAUUUGUCACGUAAUAAGAUUAUAAAAGCCAUUGAAAAAUUAAUAAAGCAAGACCAUAGCAACACUUCAUGUAUAGCUAUAGCAAUACUGACCCAUGGGAGUAACGAUGGAGUUCUGUUCGCCGAGGAUCAGCCUUACGAACUGAAAGAAAUAACAAAAUUGCUGGAAACCCAGAAAUUAGUUUUGAUCCCAAAACUUCUGUUCAUUCAGGUCUCAGUGGUAAACAUCCAGCCUCUUCAACCCAGAGUAGAGAAAGUGAUUCGUCGCAUGAAUUCCUUGCGAAGCUCAAUAAGAAGAUUAGGACGUUCAAUCACACCACAAGUAUCCAAAUGCUGGGCUCAGAUUAGAUCUUCGGAGUCGUCUGCCUUAACAACGACUGACGCUGCUCCCAUCAAUUCAUCUCCCAUCAAUGUGGCUUGCAGAGGACAGGCUCUGGACAAAGGUCAUCAAGUGGAAGUCGAUGGUUGUACUAGAAAUCUGGUGCACGUCCCCUCUCAUAUAGAUUUUCUCAUUCUUCAUUCUGCCGCUGAUGAUCACGCAUCAUUCAGGACCAACGAAGAAGGAUCCUGGAUGAUUCAAAAACUUUGCAAAGUCCUAAUGGAAUACCAUUUGACUUAUGAUAUUCUCCAGAUAAUUACUAUAGUGAACAAACGAGUGGCAUAUGAAUGCACCGCUUUCAAUUCUCAAUACCCAUCUUAUAACAAAAAGAAGCAGUCAUUGGAAGCAAGGUAUACAUUAACCAAGUUCUUGAAAUUAUAAAAACAUCACUGCUUUCUGAAGUUUUACUCAAUGUACUGCCAAAAGGAGAUCUCUCUCUUAAUUAAUGUCGCCUAGUCCAUAAACCUGUGAGAUUGCCGGGGUUGUUAUUUUAGAACUGCAGGGUCUACAGACUUCACAUUAUUCAUAUAAAUAUUGUAACUUUAAUCAUUUGUUAUGUACACCUCAUUUUAUGUUUGUUUAUUUUGGACACUGUAAUAAAUUUUAGAGACAAAUAUU